GAAGCCAUUUUGAACUGUUGAGGAGACUCUUUCGUAGUCAGCUAAAAUACAAUUUAAAACACCUAACAAAACAUCGCAGAAGGAACCGGUUCUUUAACUUUGUCCAAGGGUUGUAAAAAAAUCUGAAAAGGACGCAGCGGCUAGUCAAGCUAAACAAGAUGGCUAGCUGAAUAGUUGGCCAGUACUUGAAUGCGAGCAAAGCCCUCCUGGAGUAUGUUUUUUUUUCUCCUGAUAGCACUGGCAGAUUACAUCUAUGCUAAGCCCUAAUUUUGCUCAAGAAAAUACAUACAUGCUUAGGUAAUAAUCUUCUAAGGUUUCGGGGGGAAAAGAGCAAUUUUGUUUUCUUGUCACUUGAUGUCCCCGAAAUAUUUGUUGAGGCACUUGCUGAGACAAAAGAUUUGAACAAUUUAUAUUUAGAUAAUUAUUGACGUCUCAAGAAAGGAAGCAAAGAAGGAAGGACAAACUUAAGUUUUGAGUGGUCCCAGGAGAGAGGACUCACUUCAUCUUAGACACUGUUUUAAGGUCCAUCACUAUUGGAACAGAAGAAUUAAGCUAAGCAAACAUGAGCACCGUCAGGACAGAGAACCCAAUGAUUUUGGGCUUGUCCAACCAGAAUGGACAGCUCAGAGGCUCGGUGAAGCCAGCUGGAGCGCCUGGAGGAGGCGGAGGAGGCCCUCAACAACAGCAACUAAACCAGAUAAAAGGCACAAUCAACAAUGGUAAUUCCCAGCCCGCCCCCACAACUAAUGCUGUCAUCAAGCCCGGAGAUGACUGGAAGAAAAAUUUGAAAUUGCCCCCAAAAGACAUGAGGAUGAAAACUUCGGAUGUGACUGCAACUAAAGGCAACGAGUUUGAAGAUUAUUGCCUAAAGAGAGAGCUGCUCAUGGGAAUCUUUGAGAUGGGCUGGGAAAAGCCAUCUCCAAUCCAGGAGGAAAGUAUUCCCAUUGCACUGUCGGGAAGGGAUAUCUUGGCCAGAGCCAAGAAUGGCACGGGAAAGAGUGGAGCCUACCUCAUUCCCUUACUUGAACGCAUCGACCUGAAGAAGGACUGCAUACAAGCUGUGGUCAUUGUGCCCACCAGAGAACUGGCUCUGCAAGUAAGCCAAAUAUGUAUCCAGGUCAGCAAACACAUGGGUGGGGUAAAGGUGAUGGCAACCACAGGUGGAACCAACCUACGUGAUGACAUCAUGAGACUCGAUGAAACAGUACAUGUGGUAAUUGCCACUCCUGGGAGGAUUUUAGACCUUAUAAAGAAAGGAGUGGCCAAAGUCAGUCAAGUGCAGAUGAUCGUUCUGGAUGAAGCUGACAAACUCCUGUCUCAGGACUUUGUGGUUAUGAUGGAGGAGAUGCUGGGCUUCCUGCACAAACAGAGGCAGAUUCUGCUCUACUCUGCAACCUUCCCUCUCAGUGUGCAGAAGUUUAUGAAUUCGCACUUGCAGAAGCCCUACGAGAUCAACCUAAUGGAGGAGCUGACACUGAAGGGUGUGACUCAGUAUUAUGCUUAUGUAACUGAAAGGCAAAAGGUCCAUUGCCUUAACACCUUGUUCUCCAGGCUCCAGAUCAACCAGUCUAUAAUCUUCUGCAACUCCUCUCAGAGGGUGGAGCUACUUGCCAAGAAGAUCUCUCAGCUUGGUUAUUCAUGUUUCUACAUUCAUGCCAAGAUGAGACAGGAGCAUCGCAACCGUGUGUUCCACGACUUCAGAAACGGCCUCUGCCGGAAUCUUGUCUGCACUGACCUCUUCACAAGAGGAAUUGACAUUCAAGCUGUGAAUGUUGUGAUCAAUUUUGACUUCCCUAAACUGGGAGAGACGUACCUUCAUCGCAUUGGUAGAUCUGGCCGCUUUGGACACUUGGGUCUCGCCAUCAACCUGAUCACUUAUGAUGAUCGCUUCAACCUGAAAGGGAUCGAGGAGCAGCUUGGAACAGAGAUCAAGCCCAUCCCUGGCAUCAUUGACAAGAGCCUAUAUGUGGCAGAGUACCACAGCGAGAGUGGCGAAGAAGUCAAGCCAUGAGCCAAUCAGUCCAUCCUCCAUUCCCCUUUGUACCUUUUUUCAUCCCCACCUCCCCCACCCGACAUGGAGUUUUUUCCUUUUUGUCGUCGUUCGUAUUAUUUUUUUUCUUUUUUCUUUUUUUUUUUUUUAUGUACAGUUUCUGUCCGUCUUCCUUUUUUGGAUGCCACCAUGAGGAAUGUGUAUUUUGAUGGAUGCGUUUUUUGGAAGAACUCAUUUGCCUUUUCAUAGGGCUCUUAUGCUGCACCGCCACACACCCUGAAGACAUAAGCACCGGGAGGAAAGAAUGGGACCAAGUUGAAAAAUAUAUCGAUGCACAUUAUUGAUUUGUUCAUAUCCACCGAUGACAAAAAAGCCAGCACCGACAGACCCCACCCCCCCCCACCCCC